CAUUUCAUGUUGUUUGUAAUUUGUCAUCCGUCAUCUGUGCGUGUGCAGUGGUGUUCAAAUUGCCAAUCUCUCAUUGAAAUUUUUCAUUACAUUAUCAACAAUGUCGGGCCGUGAGGGUGGAAAGAAGAAGCCUCUAAAAGCGCCCAAAAAGGAUACGAAAGAGCUGGAUGAAGACGAUCUAGCCCACAAGCAGAAGCUCAAAGAACAACAGAAGGCUUUGCAGGAAGCGAAAGCCAAGGCGUCUCAAAAAGGUCCCCUUACUCAAGGUGGCAUUAAGAAAUCCGGGAAAAAGUGACAAAACAAACCAUUGUUUCUAUUAACUAUUAAUUUAUAGGUUUAAAUUUCGAUGUAAGAGUCCCGAAGAUCUUUGUUGAUUUCUUUCUAUGGCUGUAUUAUUCAUAUAUCUGUGCAUUUUUGUAAAUUAUGAAUUUACUUGUAACCCAAUUUAUAAGCAGGUAAUGUAACGUUCUGUCAAGUAAAACUGCCACGUAAGGCAAAUUUGCACUUUUUUAACGAACAUUGUACGGUUAAAAAUGCGUUUGUUUAAAUAAAGCAGUUAAUAACUAAA